CACACACGAGUCUGGUCUGCUCCAGGGAUUAUCGUAGCGCUUUCAGAUCUGAUGGAAGACAUGCAGGCAUGAAUAGGGCUGUUUGGUUGUCAGUGCGAGCUCAUGCUUGUGAUGGACUACAGCCGGACGGACGCUAACCUUAGCUGGCAUUCACAAAACAGCAUUCCUCCUUACUGAGACCAGCUCCACAGAAUGCUGAGUCCUAUUGUCCCUUAUAGCCUGUUAAAGAUGCACUGGAACCCAGAGCAUGCCCAGCCUCUCAGCCAGUGGCCUGAGCAGCACCUGGACGUCUCCUCCACCACCUCCUCUCCGGCCCACAAGUCGGAAUUCUACUCUAGCCGUGGUCGCAGCGGCUACAACUACGCCUGGGCCAAUGACGACAUCUCUGCUCUCACAGCCUCUAACCUGUUGAAGCGUUAUGCUGAGAAGUACUCUGGCGUCCUGGACUCACCAUAUGACCGGCCACCCACUGUGGGCACCUACCCAGAGCCGGGGGCCUUUGGGGGCCUCAGCGUCCCGAAGACUGAGCUAGAGCCCUGGCCGCUGACACACAGCACCGAUGCCUCCUAUUCCCUGGUGCCCCCUGGAGGCCAUGACAGCCUCUCAGGUUCCAAGGUUGUAGCCACAUCUGCGGGCCCUCCGGGGGUCAGCAGUGUUUCGGUGGUGAACAGUAACCUCUCGGACUCGGGCUACAGCGGCAGCAGCUCCUGCAGCGGCUCUAGCGAGUACCCCUCCAGCUACAAUGGCACCUAUCUUUCCUCAGGGUACUGUCCCCAACCCAGUGCAGCACUUCCCCCUGCCUCCCUCCACACCCUCCAAUCCACCCCCACCCUUGUGCCCAGCUACAGUCCUACCACACCUGUCUAUAACUACCCUGCUAGCACGUACCCUCCCCAGACCAGCCUCGCCACAAGCUACAGCCACCCCUCCGCAACCUACCUACCGUCAGGUCUACCAGCCCCUACUCCCGUUCCCUCACGGCCCACAGUGGUAGGAGGCAGCUAUAGUUACCAGAGCACCAACCUUGGGACGUCUGAGUCUGGAGGGACAUUAAAACGAAAAGCAUUUGAGAUGAGCGUGGAAGAGGAUGAGAGCGAAGACGGGUCUCGGUACAGGAAGUAUAGCUAUGACCCUUUGAAGCCCGGGGGGAACUCACCCUACAGUGUGAGUGACAAAACAGAGUGUCGAGGAAACGGCUUCAACGGUUCAGGCAGCGCAGACCCUCAAACCUUCAAGCCCAGUAAGCCCUCCUCCCAGCCCCUGGUGUCUCCUCCGUAUGGGGCAGCAGGGGAAUUCAGCCCUCCAGCGGGCAUGACGGGGGAGAACGGCGUGGCAGAGCAGGGCUUCAUCCAGCAGCAUCGCUCCCAGGCACACAAGCGCCCUCCACUGUGUGCUCCGACUGUUGAGACUAUGAAGAGCCCAGACCCCCGACUAUUGGACCUUGUCAAUGGGGAGUUACUGGACUGCAGCCCGGCACUGGGCUGGGGUGAGCUGGCUGGGCUCACCCAUGUAAAGGCCGCCCUGGAGGAGGACCUCCUGUGGCCCGUGUUGAGGCCCAGUGCAGUGAUGCGGCCACCACGAACCGUCCUGCUGUUUGGCCCCCGGGGAGGGGGUAAGACGACGCUGACUCGUUCUUUGGCUUCACAGUUGGGGGCGUCCUUCUAUCGGCUGAGUGGAGCCAUGCUGGCCUCGAAAGGGAAGGCUGAGGCAGAGCACAUUCUGGGGUCUCUGUUGCAGGUGGCAGCGGCUCGGCGGCCCUCAGUGGUGCUGCUCAGCCAGCUGGAGGCCAUGGAGGAGGAGGGGCUGCGGCAGACACUGCUGACCACCCUGGAGAAAGCCCAGGUGGGGAGCACAGGUCUGGUGAUUCUUGUGUGUGCCACUGGAAGGCCAGAUCUCCUGCAAGACGCAGUCCAUCGGAGCUUUGCCAAGCGGUAUCACGUUGGCCUGCCAGAUGUGGGUAUGCGCAGGCAGGUGCUGCUGCAGGCGCUGUCGCCCCAGGGCUGCAGCCUGAGCGAGAGGGAGCUGAGCGCCGUGCUGCAGCGCACAGAGGGCUUCUCCGUGUGGGAGUUGCUGCAGCUCUGCCAGCAGGCACUCUCCUCAGCAUCCUCCCCCACCGGGGCCAUGCAUGGCCAUUCCACAUCCUCCAAACCCCCAGCCUUCACAGACUUUGAGAAUGCCUUCUGCAAGGUGCGCCCACACACCACCAUAAAAGAACUGGACACUUGUAUAGAGUGGAGCAAAAUGUAUAACCACUGAAAAAGCAGCCAGUCACUGUGCUCGGACUGCGUCACGACCCUGUUUUUGCUUUGUCGUGGAACGCCUUUGGAAUGUUUUGUUGUUGUUUUGUAAUUACAGAUUAUGCAGCCAAAAGAGCCGGAGAAGCUCGGCAGUACGGGAGAGCUGACAGAGUUGUUUCCCUGGCAGAAGCAUGCCAUGGUGUGCUGUUUUUGUUUUCAUAUGAAUAUCCGCAAUAUUUAAUUUUUCCCAAAGAGAAGAAAGAUGAAUAGGCCUUGUUGAGUGGGAUAGUGUAUUAGUCUUUUGGCCAAUGGGAAAAUCAGAUUAUAUACUAUUUGGAUACUCUCAGAGAUCCUGAUUAGCCUUGGUCCGGGACAAAAUCAAUUAUUUGUUGCUAGGUGACGUGGUCCAAGAUUAUGGAUAAUCAGGGUUUGGAAAAUCCCCCCUUUGACUGCUACUCUCAGGAUCCUAUUUAUUGCCAGUCCACUUCCGCAUUAUCCUAAUGUUGAUUUAGCUAUUGGAUUGUCACUAAUUAUUCAGUGCGAAGGGCUUGGGAUUAUUUCUGCAAAAAAAACAGUUUUUGACCAAAAAGACGUCAAACCAAAUGCAUAAUGUUGCUAUAUUUCUCAAACAGACUGGUUCUGAAAAUCAAAAUAAUUGAUCCCUCUUGAUAGCUUCUCACCAAAUCAAACGGUUAGUCCUCAAUAUUCUGAAAAAAAGAGAAAAUCAGAUGGAUUUUAAUAAAUCUAAAAUAUGCUGCUGCUGUCCAAGUAAAAUCUUGCAGUUACACUCAACAUGUUUGGUGUUAGAAAUAUGCCUCACGUUAUCUUCAUUUAACUCUCCAGUAGUACAACGCACCCUUAAAAUGGUACAAUACACACACAACAUUCUUUAUUACUGUUGGGUUGUUGUCCUUAACUUCCUCAGAUUUGUUCUUGAUCUCGCAUUCCUCAUCGUCGGCAGUUUUCCUGAGAAUCUCACUGAAAAAAAAACACCCGCACACACCCAGCCUCUCUAUAGCAUAUCUGUUUGCUCUUUCACGUACUCCUUUUGUUUUCAUAGUGUGUAGUCUUGUUUGAAAUGCUCAGGAAGAAUUUCUUUACCUCAGAAAUAUGAAAUAUGAAAUAAAGAAUGUAUGUUAUCUUAGGGUCUUAGUAGAGGAGCGGCGUGGAGCGAGAGAGAGUGGAGCGAGGAGAAACCUGACAGUCUUGUAAUACCCACUACAGCUGGGCUUUUACCUCGGGAGAGAAACUUGAAUAUGCUACAAAGAGUAACAUUGAAUGUAAUUCAGGUAUUUCAAAGGAUAUUUGAUGCCAUAAAUCCAUGUAUUAUUAUAUAUGAAUAUAUAAAUAUGUUUUCUUCUCUGUUCUUUUACCCUUUGUUUUUAUUGUAGUUUAUGGUGGAGUGAUGAUUGUCUUCAAGAAAUGCUAUGUAGAAUACAGAAAAUAUUCCUUUUUUUGUUGGACAAACUGCUUCCAAAUCCCAAAAGUUUUUUGAUGUUUACUUGAGUUUGCGUGUUUGUAGUUUCACACCUGCAGAAUAUCAUUUUGAAAAUGUAAAUACAACGCACACAAUCAUCAGAACACAAAAUCUGAGCACAAAAUACCUCCCAAAAACACAACAAACAAACCCACAGAUGCAAAAUAAAAAAAAAAAGCUUCAAGAUUAAGUAAAUAGCUUUCAGCAGAGGUUUAUGUGUACAUAUUGUGGAUAAACCCAACAUGUAGACAAUCCAGACAGAUCUCUCUUUUUCCACCAGUUCUGUUUUAACAAGCUGGAAAAACCCGGUCACUGGACUGCAGGUACAGAGGUCGUAUGUAUUAUACUGUUGCCAUGGUCCUGAGGAGGUAUACACAGAAUGAUGUAAUAUUUCCCACUGCCCUUUCCUCCCUCUGUCUCCCCCCUCCCUCCCUCAUCAUUAUUUUUCUCUUUUUCUCUCUCCCCAGUGCAAUCUCAUUAGAUUGGAUUGCCCCCUGGCCACGAGCCCCAGUGGCCAUGUGGCGUUGUAUCCUCUCCCCGCCCCGCCCUUUCCCCUCCUCCUCCUCCCUUAUACCAAUGCCUCUGGAGUGGAAGUGGUCUGAUUGAUGUCCAGCAACCCUAUAUCACAGUGCAGCCGUCCCUCUCCAGCUGGUGGCUUCAGUCAUGCCAUACAGCCAGAUCAAUCAGUGACCCCCGCUGUGCAUACUGAUCACUGUCUCCCAAACCGAAAACACAUUUACAACUUACAGGAAAGCCUCAAGGUCCAGAUAAUGAAAGCGAUUAUUCAUCUGUAAUCACAAAAAUGUAAUAUUUGCGGUGACUUAAAGUCGCUGCAACAUUUUUGUUCCCACCUCUCCUGACAGUUUGUCCAACAAAACAAGCUUUUAUUUUUUACAUGUUUUGAUCUGUUAUGGCGGUAACUUUGUUCUUGUACAUUUUCUGUAACCAUUUCUACCUCAUUUUUGCGGCAUAUUGUACAUGAAAGUAUUUAUUUCAUGUCUUUUUUGAUGUCUGUUUUAAAAAUGAUAAUGUUCUUGAACUGUAAUGGUCUACCUCAGAAAAGACUGUAUUUUAAGAGAAG